UUAUGUUAUAUAUUAGAAACACAUAACAUUAUUCCAUUUUGGAUUAUCCAAUUUCCAACCCCAAGAAGACAAAUGGAUUUUAAAUUUCUCUUUUUAUUCCUCCUCUCAAUUCUCAAUAUUGCAUGCUCCACAGGGAUGUUGUUUCUCUCGACGGUUGAGUAUAUCGAUCAGCAACAACUUCGAAAAGACGAGCAAAUAUUCCGUUCGUCCCGUAGAACUUUAGCAACAAACACCAUUCAACAUGACUUCAUUAAUCCUCCCACCACCACCUUUCCUUCUACUAAUCCAGUAUCUAAUCCAGUAAUUAAUCCAGUGACUAAUCCUCCAGUGACUAAUCCAGUAAUUAAUCCAGUGACUAAUCCAGUGACUAAUCCAGUGGCUAAUCCAGUGACAAAUCCAGCAACUAAUAAUCCAGUGACAAAUCCAGCGACUAAUCCAGUGACAAAUCCAGCUACAAAUCCAGCUACAAAUCCAGCCACUAAUCCAGUCACAGUCACUGUCCCACCGGAUACUUCAAGCCCGGGAAUCGUCACAGUUCCAGCAGCCACUCCGAUGACCGUAAUUCCAACUCCGGCAACCCCUGUCACUAAUCCGGCAGUGCCAAUAACCAACCCAGUUACCACUCCAACCAUAAAUAAUCCCGCACCGGUGACGACUUCUCCGACGACCCCAACAAGCGGCGCUCCGGCGGUGGUGGUGGCUCCACCAGUGGCAGCCGCCAACGCACCGGCGGUUCCAGGACAGAGCUGGUGCGUGGCCAAGGGUGGGGUGCCGGAGACAAGUCUCCAGACGGCGCUAGACUACGCAUGUGGAAUCGGAAAAGCAGAUUGUUCGGCAAUUCAGCUAGGUGCAAGCUGCUACAAUCCCAUCUCACUGCAAAAUCACGCAUCUUACGCAUUUAACAGCUAUUAUCAGCGGAAUCCAACGCAAACGAGCUGCGACUUCGGGGGCACUGCUCUGGUAACCAAUGUCAAUCCAAGUUCCGGUUCUUGUAUUUUCACAACAUGGUCGUCUUCAACAACACCAACAACGGCAUCACCAAUUACGAUGAAUCCAACUCCAACUACAGCAUCUUCAUCUGGAGCAACACCAACACCAAUAAGCUUUCCAGGAACUCCUCCAGCCAUAUUGAAUGCAACCAACCCUGCUUUUGGAGGGCCCACCAUAGGCUUCGGCGAAACCCCUCCAAAUCUCAACACUUCGAUUUCCAUUUCGACUAAUCUGAAGCCCUUCAUCGGCUACAUUAUUGUGGUGACAUCCAUUAUCAAUUUGGGGGUAGUUUUGUAAUUUUUUAAAACCAGUCGAAAGAUCAGAAGCCUAUCAGUCCAGAAGUACAGUUUUUUUUUUUUUAAGGUGAAGUUCGUUUUGCAGGAGACACAAUCAAGAAUUUCCAGUGCCCUUAUUCGGUUCUCGUAAAUCGAUAGUCCUACUCUUUCUCGAUGAUCAAUUCGAUCAUGGCCAGAUUCAUUUCCACAUGUAAUACUGUAUAUGUUCUUGAUAAAUUAGGGAACUAAUCUUUGUAGAGGUGGUAGCACCUUA